CAGCCGGGCGGGCGGGGAGCGGCGGGGCCGGUUCGCUGCAGCGUCCCCUCGGGCACCGACCGCGCCUCGCCGCCGCCCCCCGCGGGAAGCAGCCCUCGCAGCUGCCCUGGGCCGCUGCAGUUUGUCUUUGUCCCUCCCGUUGUGGUUGCUGCCUUCUCCCCGCGGGCGCUUCCGGGCCGUUUCCGGGCCGUUUCCGGGUGCCUCCCGCUCCUUUCCCGGCGGCGCUGCGGCGGGGAGGGCGAUGCUGGCGGCGGCGGCAGGGCCCGCUCCGGGCGGCUCGGAGCAGCGCUUCAGCGUCCUCACCUGGGAGCAGGUGCAGCGGCUGGACCAGAUCCUGGGCGAGGCUGUGCCCAUCCACGGCCGAGGAAACUUCCCCACGCUCUCCGUCAGGCCCCGCACCAUCGUGCAGGUGGUGCGCAGCCGGCUGGAGCAGAAGGGGGUGGCCGUGCACGACGUGCGGCUGAACGGCUCCGCUGCCAGCCACGUGCUGCACCAGGACAGUGGCCUGGGCUACAAGGACCUGGACCUCAUCUUCGGCGUGCGCCUCAAGAGCGAAGAGGUCUUCCAGCUGGUGAAGGAUGUGGUCAUGGACUGCCUGCUGGACUUCCUCCCGGAGGGCGUCAACAAGGACAAGAUCACCCCCAUGACGCUGAAGGAGGCCUACGUGCAGAAGCUGGUGAAGGUCUGCAACGAGAGCGACCGCUGGAGCCUCAUCUCCCUCUCCAACAACAGCGGCAAGAACGUGGAGCUCAAGUUCGUGGACUCCCUGCGGCGGCAGUUCGAGUUCAGCGUGGACUCCUUCCAGAUCGUCCUGGACUCCCUGCUGCUGUUCAGGGAGUGCUCAGAGAACCCCAUGGCCGAGAACUUCCACCCCACGGUCACCGGGGAGAGCAUGUACGGCAACUUCGAGGAGGCCAUGGAGCACCUGCGCAGCAGAGUCAUCGCCACCAGGAGCCCUGAGGAGAUCCGCGGGGGGGGGCUGCUGAAGUACUGCAACCUGCUGGUGCGGGGCUUCAAGCCGCGCUCGGAGGCGGAGCUGAAGGCGCUGCAGCGCUACAUGUGCUCCCGCUUCUUCAUCGACUUCCCCGACAUCGGCGAGCAGCAGCGCAAGCUCGAGUGCUACCUGCAGAGCCACUUCGUGGGCAUGGAGGGCAAAAGGUAUGACUAUCUGAUGACCCUGCACAGGGUGGUCAAUGAGAGCACAGUCUGCCUCAUGGGACACGAGAGGAGGCAGACCCUGAACCUCAUUGCCAUGCUGGCUGUGCGGGUCCUGACUGAGCAGAACAUCAUCCCCACGGUCACAAACGUUACCUGCUUCUACCAGCCAGCUCCCUAUGUCAGCGAGGUGAACUUCAACUACUACAUCACCCACGUGCAGCCCUUCCUGCCCUGCAACCAGCCCUACCCAACGUGGCUGCCCUGUAACUGAGCCAGGGGCUGGCCUCUGCUGAGGUAUUUCCUUGCCUUGGGGAGUGAGGAGGGUGGGAAGGAGGUGCAGAAAAGAGAGAAAAGACUAAAAAACCCAAAAGACAAAAAAAAAGACAAAAGAAACCUUCCUGGAGCUGCAACGAAAGGAAACUUCCUGGACUCUUGCUUGAGUGUCUCGUUCCUGGGGUGGCUGGGACGAGCCCCAUCCGCUGUGCAGUGGGAUGGAGCCUGGAUGCACCUGGACCUUUGUUGGGAAGAUUCAAUCGUUUGUGGAAUUCUGGAGGUGGUGGAGGGGGGUGGGGAGGGCUGGGGAGGGGGGGUUGUGUGUGAGGGAGAUUGUAGAAUUACACUGAGGUAGAGCUGCACUGCCCCGGAGGGGCUCUGGACUGGUUGGAGUUUGUGUGGGAGGUGUUGGAGGUGUGCAGGUCUGCGCUUCCCGAGGAGAGGAAUUCCUUCGAAGGACCAAAGAAUCCUGUUAAGUGCCUGUAACAAACACAACUGUACUGUAACCCUCAGCAUCUGCUCUGCAGGGGCCAACAUCCCAAGAGCCUGAGUGGGAAGUGUCCCGAGAGGAAAAAUGUUUCUGUUGGGUGUUUUGGGGGGUGGGGUGGGAACAGGGAGGGUCUUAAGAUCAUUUCUAGUGACCUGGCUGAAGCAGGUUCUGCCUGAGGUGUUUUGGCGUGGCUUUGGCUGCCUGGGAAGGACCAGCUGUAGCAAAGAGCUGUCAGAGCAGAGUUGGAGCAGCAGGGGUGGGCUGUGGAUUCCUGAAAAGCCAAACCCAAAUACAAAGGUGUGUGUGUGGGAGAGCAUGGUGGGAAACGCUCUGGAGCAAAGGCAGCAGGGGCCCACGGCUGGGGUUGCUCAAGCUCCCAAGUCUGCAGUGCCAAAGUGUGGCUGUGCACAGCAGUGCCGAGGCAGAGGAUGUGCCCAGGAGCCUGCCCCAGGCUGCCCAACCCGGGUCUGUAUUUUCUAGGGGAGUCUGAGCUGCUGCUCACUUGGUUCUUUUUUUGGCAUGCAGUGUGGGUUGUAAUGCACAAAGCCAGAGGCCAGCUGGGACACCUGGGGAGCUGAGGGUUGAAGCACAAACCAGUUAGCUCCCUGGUCAGGUCUCUCCAGCUGCCUCCAUGCUGAGGGCUGGUGGUGGCCCUUGUGUCCUCUUUGGAGGUGGGGCAGAGCUCCUCCAGCCUCCCUGGCUGGGGGUCUUGCCUCAGCCCUCAGGCAGGUCCUAUCUUCACCAGCAGCCUAGUUGCAGCUGUGUGAUGCCACCUGUGAGCCACAGAGCAUUGACAUUCAUCCUCUAGCCAGAAAUGGAGCUUAGGGGGUGGGGAGGGGAGGUCCAGAAGUCAGUUUGCCUUAGGAGAAAGUUUUGCGUCCUUGACAAACCCUCUGGUGCCCUGAGGGCUUUGGCUUGGUCCAGGGUGGCUUUGGCUGGGCUGGUGUCUGGAGCUCAGCAUUUGCUGAGGUGCCAGGAUUGCUGUGCCCCUUCUCCCCAGACAUCAUCUCAGAGCUGAGCUCAGCAUGGGGCAGAGGUGGGCAGGUAAGCAGACCCCCCCAGAAGUGCUGGUGCUGUGCUUGAGCAUCUGGAGCUCGGGGCGUUUGUUGGGACUGUUGUGACACCUGUACCAGCUGGGCAGUUGGAAUGCUCUAAUAAAGACCAGAUCCUUGGAA